AUGUCAAUACAUCAUGGAAUUUCUUGUGAUUUAUGUCGAAAAUUAAAUUUUUCAGGUCGUCGUUAUAAAUGUUUAAUAUGUAAUGAUUUUGAUUUAUGUUCAAUAUGUUAUGAUAAAAAUCAAAAUCUAUCAAUUCAAACACAUUCUAUUCAUCAUCCAAUGCAACUUAUUCUAACAUCAAAUGAUUAUGAACAUAUUUAUUUUGGAUAUAUACGUACACAACGUUCUCCAAUGUCUUUAACAUGUCCUUAUUGUAAUCAAAAUGGUUUCUCAUUAAAUAUUUUAAUUAAACAUAUAAAUGAACAACAUUUGAUAUCAAAUUAUUCUAUUCGAUGUCCUAUUUGUUUUACGCGACAAAAUCAUCUUGUUGAACAUCUUCAUGAACAUACAGAAAAUAAUCUUAUUAUAAAAACAAAAACAAUAAAAAAUUUAGAUUCAGAUGAAAAACAGAUAAAAACUUCUGAAAAAUCGUUAUUAGAAAAACUAUUAGAUAAUCAUUCGAAUAAGAAUGAAAAUAAUAAUCAGAGAUAUUUAUUUAUUCAUUUAUUACUUACGGAUUUAUUAGAUCAAAAAUCUGUCAAUAUGAAUGUAGAAAUAAAUUCAUAA